GUUAGUCACCACUCUUGUCAUGUCAUUUCACAGACCCUUCUGAAGACAUGAGCUGUCAGGGAUGAGUAUUUAUUUUCUUAAAUAUCUGUAACACUAUUUGUUAAAGCAUUUAUCAAAAUCUAUAACAAAAAUGUACAAGAUAGCCUAAUAAAUGUGUUAUGCUACCAUUCAUUGAGCAUUGGCAGUUUGCUUAGCUUGUACAAAGAAAGAAAGAAGAUAUGGUCUCUCUCCCUAAAAUCUUGUCACUGAAAUGAUGUGCGACAUUCGAGAUUUAGGAUUAAUCAUUUAAAAGGUUAGUCUCAAAUUGAUGUUUUACCUUCCUAGAUCAUCAGCAAAAGGCUAGAGAAAGAAGAGUGUUAAGAAAGAAGUAAACUGAGUGCUGGUCAAGUAAAAUGAGUUAUAACUGAAGAUGACAGUGAGAGAAAGAUGCAAAGGUGGCAGUAAGAUAGAGGUUUAGACAGCAGUGGGAAGGAGAACAGGAAGAAAUGAGGACAUACUUAGGUAGGAAUUUAGCACUUCAAAGGGGAGGGCACAAAUCUUCAAUUUAAUGUAGUAGGGGAGAGGAAGUCAGAGGGAAGAAUAGGAAGGCUAUCAUAGUAGUAUUUUUCCCCUGGAAGAGGCAAGAUAUUUGAGGUGAUCAGAGAGGGGGAAGUUAUAAUUGAUGAGACUAUUUUGAAGUUGAAUUCUACCACAGAGCAGCAGGAAAAGGAGAGGAAAGAAAUGUUAUAAAUGUUGCUUGUCUCUGGUAAAGACAGGCAGGAAGAGAUUGCCUUCUUGCAAGCUUGCCUGAAGGAAGAGGAGGAGAGUUGUCUCUAAUUAUGGAAAGGGAGUGAAGGCAAGUUCAGUUCAGUCCCAUUCUGCUGAGCACAAAGUGAUAAACCAUCUAGAUGGUGAUGCUGGGAAGUUGGGAGAAGGUGCAGCUUGAGCUCUCACAUUCCAGUGUGUUUAUAUAGCACCUAGCACAAAAGUAUCCCAAUCUGGUUUGGGCCAUAUGAGCAGCACCACAAUAUCAAUAUUGUUUGUUGUUAUUUGAGAUUUAUAUAAACAUUAAAAAGUGUCUUUACACAAUAUUUAAGAGACAAAAAAACAGCACAGCAGUCCCCUGAUCUUAUCCUUCUCAACAAAGGAGUUAAAUCAGCUUCAAACUCCAUACUCAAAGCUCUCUCUGCCCAACACUGAUUAUUAUUCUCAUUGACUGUGCUCAUUUAAUGGUAAGGAGAGAACUCAAUAGCAAGAUUUAGGAGUCAUCAGUAAAGAAGUUACAGCUGAGCUAUGGUGCUAAUGAGCUCAUGCAGGGAGUGAGUACAGAGACAGAAAGCAGGGACAAAGAAUAGAACAAUGGGAGACACCAGCAGAGUGUGGGAGAGGAGAAAGGCAGUCACUCAGGGACCUGAUAAAAGAGCAGGUGGAUGAGCAUAAUUAGCAGAGCACUGCUACAGAAGCCAAGGAUGAAAGCAAGUAGAAGGGGAGGAGAGAAUGAUCCAUUAUGUCCAAGACAAGACUAUGGACCUAUUACUGAAAGGUACCAUAAAAAGCAAACUUCAGUGAGUGGCAGACUCUAACCCUUGUGGGAAUGCAUAACUCCUCCACCGAAUAACCCCUGGAGCAAGCAAUAACCCCUGCAUUAGGAUUCAGCAGCUUAAAGUGCUAGAGUGAACAGCCUUCAGGAUGCCAGAGCCAGCAAAGUCCACCUCUGCCCCCAAGAAAGGCUCCAAGAAAGCAGUGACCAAGACCCAGAAGAAGGGGGAUAAGAAACGGCACAAGAGUAGGAAGGAAAGUUACUCUAUCUACGUGUACAAGGUGCUGAAGCAGGUUCAUCCCGACACCGGAAUCUCUUCCAAGGCCAUGGGCAUCAUGAACUCCUUUGUCAAUGACAUUUUUGAGCGCAUUGCCGGGGAGGCCUCUCGUCUGGCACAUUACAACAAGCGCUCAACCAUCACUUCCCGGGAAAUUCAGACAGCCGUGCGUCUACUGCUGCCAGGGGAGCUGGCCAAGCAUGCUGUAUCUGAAGGCACCAAGGCUGUCACUAAGUAUACCAGCUCCAAGUAACCAGGCUCUCAGCUUUCUAAAAUGAAUAUUCAACUUGGAACCCCUCAAUGAUGAGCAUAGCAAAGGGUUGGGUCACGGGGUGGCAACAACUGGGCAAGCAAAAGGCAUGGCCAUUAUUGAUGCAAGAACAGUUUGCAGUCUUAAACUGGAUGUUAGGGCCUGUUUAUGAAGAGGGACUACUGACCCAGACAUUCGUUUAUUUUCAUAAACUUUUCAAAUGUGACAGGGGUUCAGCAAUUUCCACCUAGACCAAACAGAAGGGAACUUCAGUAUCUCAUCAAAAGGACUGGUUUCAAUACAUUAAAAUUCUGCUCUAUGCUUGGGAAGUUCUGCACAUCUGGCAGUGGCAGGCAGGACUGGCAACAGAGAUGUAGAGACUCUGUCUUUGAAGUCUGGCUGUUUGAUUGCUUUCUUCCACACAUCAGAAAUAAGUACAAAGAAAUCAGUGUUAAUAUUUUAUCCUGAGGACAGCAGCCUAUCUAGCUGUCCUUUAGCAAUGUAACUGAUCCAGCUUACAAAAGGGAUAAGAUGCAUAACUUAGGUAAAAUAAAGGAAGCAUGUUAUAUAGAAUACAUGCAGAAUUAAAUCAAUGCUGAUCAAGAAAACCUACGCUGGCAAUAUUGUAUGAAGCCAGUUACAGAGAGAGUCUUGCUGCAUACAAGAUCCACCCCUUAGACUUCAGACAGGUAGAUUCCUAGGUAAAUAUUGAGCCAGACUCCUUAUUCACUCCACGUACUUUGGAGGAAGAACGAUCAGGUUAUGCUUGACAGAGGGCAGAGACCCUGUCCUAUCCUGAGACCCAUUCUGGACAUUUUGGAGCUGGCUGUUUGCUUACUGAUGUGUGAUGGCAGGAGAAGAGGGGGAAUGUUUGGAUUGUAUAGCUGCCUUGCCCUCUGGCUUUCUCCCCUACAUUAAGGACUCAGCUACUGUGUGCUAAAUUACGCUGCUGCUCCUUGCAGAAACUAUUCAGCUUCUCUUGGCCAGUGCCUUGAUGCUGCCUCUGCACUGCCUUCCACAGUCUUAACUGUAUGGGAGGAGACGGAGUAAUCUUCAGAGAGAGGAGCCUCCCUUCCCUGCAAUUCAUUGUAUUUAAAAACAUGAAUGUGAUUGAACCAGCCCUAGAAACAGCAAAUAAAUAUUGGGAAGAGUAUAAAAGGAGUAUAUUGGGAAACUGUCAGAUAAGCGCUGUGUCCAGGCUUUGAAUCAGGAAUGGAGAGACCCUUCUCUAUCAAUGAGACCUACAAACUGGGAGUCAGGUUCUGCAGGCUCUGUUUACAGAUCUGCCACUGUGUUUGUGACUAAAGGCAAGCCAUUUUGUCACUCAGUUCUUUGUUUUACUCAUCUGUGAAAAGAGUAUUGUACUUACCAGCUUCAAACAGCUGUUACCAGGCUUUAAUUGAUCAACAGUUUAAAAAUACUUAAAUAUGUAGCACCUCUCAUCUCAAAGUCCAAAGUAAGAUAAGCAAUAACAAAGUCUUGAUAAAAAGCCACAGAGAUCAGAGGAGAAAUUCCUAAACCAAAAGCUUCACAUGCCAAAACUGCUGGGGGGCAGAAUCAGGACACGUGAAUGGCUGCUGGUUCCUAGUCAGUAUUAACGGAUUAGAUUAUAGAUGCUAGGACUUUAAAACAGCAGUCAAGAUCCCAAAUACACCUUAGUACAUCAGAUGCUAAGAAGAAACCAGACCUAAAGGGCAUGAAAAUUUUAGCCUAAUAAAUUGAGUUCUGCAACAGUGAUCCAUGUUGAUUCCACGAAGGGGUGGGUAGAACCUGCAAUCUCAGGUUCCUUCUGCAACUUUUUCAUUAAAAGAACAAACAAAAAAAACCAAAACAAAACAAAACCAGAAAAAAAGUUAAUCCUACCACACACACACCUAUGUCUGCUUCUUCCCCCCUACACACACACCCUUUCUCUCACCUUCCUCUACUUUUGCCUGCAUGCUGUUUGUUUAGACUACGUUUGCUGGGGCCGGCUUGAGGUGUGCACGUUAAUGUUUCUUUUGGAACCUUGGCAUUAAUAAUUCAUGUUAUUCCAGCCACUAGAAUGGUUUCUGUGCUGUAUGUUCGCAUUGUGUAGCUCUGAUAUUUCAGUAACAGUUUAUAAAGUGCCCUGAGAAAGGGGCAGUGCGUAGUAGUAUUUCCAAGCACAUCCUGGAAAACAGGUUGUGACUUCGCCUCCUGAUCAGUACCUGUUUUGGAAAGGAAGCAAACCAUGCCAGGCCUAAGCCUCAUGAAGUUUGUGUCACCCAGGGCAGCUAUGUAAUCCAGUAUGUCCAUCCUGCCCCUCAAGCCCACCUACAAGGGGUAGGAAUAAGGAAGUAGCAGCUCUGCAGACCCUAAUCUUGGCCCCCUGUUGUGAAUUGUGGUAAUGAUAUCCCGGACCAAGAAAACAGUUUUAUGCUCUCUUCUCUCUGCAACCAUACCCACACCCACAGCUUUAUCUACAUUUAAUGCAGAAGUGCCAGAGAGUCUCAUUAUGGUUCCUUCAUCAAAAAAAUAUUCACAAUUCUGCCCCGACAUACAGAAUUUUGGAGCAAGGACCAUGACUCUCAAUAGCCAAUGCAAUGAACCCCCCGAUCCACAAUAUCAGUAUUUCAUAGUAACAAUCAAAAAUAAAUAAAUAACAAUAAAAAGAUCAUCUCUUGGACCUGACCCUCAGCAGAGUGAGCUUAGUAUGUUUUGUUUCCUGAUUGAACAUCUUAUACUAAGUAACAAAAGAUAUAGUUAUCUUAAUGCUGCCAUCACUGACACAGACCUUCACAAUUGGCCCCACUCUCCUCAAAAGAAGCAGAAUAGACAUAAGUGAAAGAUAGAAAAGGCAUGCCUGCUGCAGCAACAAUACCUUUUUAAAACACUUCUGGGUUCCCCAAACUGUCCAUACUAGUGGUAGCAAGUUAAAACUUCCCUCCAUUCGAUAUUUGGUUUAAUUUACAAAAGGUACCUACACUGAAACACCAGCUCCAGCUCAGCACUUGCACCUAAACCUGGCUGCCGAUGGUUCUCCUCCAAGGAUUACACAGUCCAUCCCAGAAGCCCUCUCUUUACAGAAAACCCAGGUCCAUUCAGGGCUGGAUUAAAGCACAGGCAAACUUGGCACAUGCCUAGAGCCCUAAGUGCAGAAGAGGCCCAGUUAUGCUUAUUUUACAUAUUAUAAAUUGAGUGAAAAAACUCAGGGCCCACAAGUUUGUUUGCUUAGGGUCCAUUAAAGGGUUAAUCCAGCUGGUGCAAGUGCCCAGGAUUAGGCACACAUAGUACACACUGUCACUCAAAAGUUUCCUAGCUGGCUAACAGGGUGGGGUUUGGCACAGCAGGAUUUUCAGGCAAAAUUAUAGCUUAUUACAAGAUGUUGGUGCUGAUCCAAUUCCUUCAAAUUAAAUUGAAUUACACUGAAAUUUGUGCUGCACAGGGCAAAGAGUUUUCUAUCUGGGACCAGGUUAUCAACAUGAGCUGUGCUUCUCUAGGUGAAAUGGGCAAAUAUUCACUAGUGCUUAUCAUUCAGCAGCCAGGCAGCGUAUGAACUACUUUGCUAUUGUUUUUAAAUGGUGCCUCAUUGUGUUGUCUAACAGUCUUACUGAUGCCCAGUGAAAUUAACAAGAGUUCUUCCUUUGAUUUAAUGGGCAUUAUGUUGGGCUGUAAAAACAGAAGCAUUGGAAAAUAAUCUCAGAAAAAGGUCUCAUUGAUUUGCCAACCCAGUGUGCUCAGAGCACGGGGUAUGCUUUGGUCAACAAUUCUUCAGUCAUGGAAUUGUCUGCCGAAUCCAUCUCUGCUGUAGAAGUGUGCACCAGAAUCUAAGCCCUUAAUAACCAUCCUUAAAAACUGCAACUGAAUAUAUAAGGUCCAGCUGCCAAAGUCUGAGUGCCAAAGCCUCCUACUAUACCACUAACAUCCAUGGUACAGUUAUGCAUUAUCAGUAAAACAUCUGUAACAGAUUGAACACUUAAAAAUGUGGAAACCGCACAGAAUCAAUUACUGUAAUAUUAAAAUAAACAGGGGAGGUGGCUGCACUAAUGGAAUUAAUUAUUCCUUUUCAUAUUUAGCACAAUAAGCAAGUUUGGUGUUUUCAUUUAUAUGAACCCACUGCAGAAUUUCUGCUCUCAAGCAAACCUCUGAAACCCUUGAGUGAUUCUGGCACAUGAGAUUCAGCUCGACGCAAAGUACCCAGUGCCUCAAGUCUGACAGGACUGGAGCAUUUUGGGAUGUCUUAUUUUAAGAGUAAAUUGUGCAUAGAAUUUUGACAGUUCCCAAAAUCACACAUGGGAAUUUGUUUUUCAUACUUAAUUUCCAUGCAUGGUUUUUUGUAGGCUUCUUUACGAGAAGACUUUUCUUGUUAUACUGUUCAUACCAUAUGUUCUAGUACUGUGGUGCUGUUGUGCCUAACAGCUAAUUAUAUGUUUUGUUUUAUUUUUGGAUUACAAAUAAAAUUUAACUUUCAAAGCUGA